CUGCCACUAAAACGGGAGCGCGCCUGGCUUGCCGCUGAGCCCAAGCCUGCCACUGGUGCCCUGGCUGCGAGCGUGUUGCUCUCUCCUUCAUCGCCGGCAAGCAGGCGGGCAGGUGGGGCGGUGAGCGAGAAGCGAGCCGGAGCCCGGGCUGCCAUGCACAGCUAGCCUUCCCCUUGCCUCGCACGCCACCCUUGCGGCACUGCCUCCGCUAAGGCUGCCCCUGCACGGCGCGCCCUCCUUGCCGGGCAGCGCGGGCUGGCUCGCUUCCCCUUCUCCUAAGCACCCCCGGCCCGCCAGUGCAAUAAACUUUUCGCUGCCGACAGAGCGACCAGCAGAGCGGCGGGUCUUGCCCCGGGGUCGCUCCCAGGAUGGAACCGGGCGCCGCGUAUGGAGCUGGCAAAGCCGGGGGCGCCUUUGACCCUCAGACCUUCAUCCGGCAACCUCACACGAUCCUCCGGAUGGUUUCUUGGCUCUUCUCCAUCGUUGUGUUUGGCGGCAUUGUGAACGAAGGCUACGUCAACCGGCCGGAUGAAAAGGAAGAGUACUGCAUCUUCAAUCGCAACCAGAACGCCUGCAACUAUGGCAUCACCGUGGGAGUCCUUGCCUUCCUCAGCUGCCUUCUUUACCUGGCGCUCGAUGUCUACUUCCCACAGAUCAGCAGCGUCAAGGACCGCAAGAAAGCUGUGCUCUCUGAUAUUGGUGUUUCUGGCUUGUGGGCCUUCCUCUGGUUUGUCAGUUUUUGUUUCCUGGCCGACCAAUGGCGCGUUUCGAAGAAAGACAACAACCCAUUGAACGAAGGAGCGGAUGCCGCCCGAGCAGCCAUUACGUUCUCUCUCUUUUCCGUCUUCACCUGGGUGGGCCAGUCGUUCCUGGCAUUCCAGCGAUACCAGCUUGGCGCCGACUCAGCCCUCUUCUCCCAGGACUACACGGACCCGAGCCUGGAGCCUGGCAUGCCUUACGCUCCCUACACAAACGAGGAUGACACUAUAGAUAGCAUGGGGACGUACCAACAGGCCCCUUCGGCAGAUGCAUUUGAUGCUGAGGCACAGGGGUACCAAGCCCAGGACUACUGAGAGCCGGUGGAGCCCUCCCCCCUCCCCCUCCCCCCCUCUGCCCGCUCCCCUUUGCCACCAACAUGCCAAGGUGCAAAACAAGGUGCAUCAGAGUCAGAGGGGGCUCUUGGCCGCUCCCCAGCCUUCUAGGGUCUCCGUUUUUAUUUCUUAUUUUUUUAAAACAACAACAACAACGGGGUGGGUGGGGAGAAGCAACAGCCCUGACACCUCUUCCCCACUUCUGAAUUUGCCACCCAAACCAAAUUGUUGAUUGCAAAGUGUUUUACGGUCCAUUCUGCAGCACAAUGCCGUCCUCUCUUUGUGGGAGAAGCUGCCGAGGGCAGGAAUUCACCCUUUUCUGUAGGGGGGGAAUGAGGUGGGGGGAAGCACGGCUGCAAGGCAAGUGGGGGGUGGGAUGACUGGCUGAGGUAGUAUCUGAGGCUGACAUGUCUGUGUGUAAGUAGUGAGAAGAGAGAACAGGACCUAGACGGGUAGGCAAACCUGGGAGAGUGAGCAUGCAGGCAUGCAAGGGCGAAUGAUGUGUAAGCUUUGUGUGGUGUAUCAAUGAUGUCAAAUAGGACUGUGAUUUGCCCUUUUCCUGAAAUUACAAAGAUUCACAUCCAUUCCUUGCCAGAGUUGACAGUAUUGAGCUAAAAAAGGGUGCUCGCUUCACUAAAUUUCACAAAUAUUUUGACCCCGAUAAGAGUGCUUAUUUUUUCUGUCUAUGUAAGGCUUUUAUAACAAGCACAUAUUGUGCUUGGGUGCUUGCUCAGCUUGCAUUUUUGGAGAAGCCAUUGGGAGCACCCAACUGCAGUCUGAGCCUGUGGCAGAGGUAUCAUGCCAUUGCAUCGCUAAGAGCAAAGUGCAGGUCAAAGUUAGUCCCAGUUGAAAAAGUACAAAGUGGCUGUGAGCAUUUUGGGGGGGGGGAUGAGGCAGCUCUUUAUUCCCGGGAGGAAUAUACCGGUAAUUCCCUACCCAUUCCAUGGCAAGCUAACACAUGAUCUGAUGAACUGAGAUAAUUUGCUUUUUUGUUUUUGUUUUUAAUGGAGGAAAAGUGUUGAGAGCCUGCAAGGAAGUCUGCAAGGAAAUUUUUCCGGCACAACCAAAAUCCACAGGGACAUGUAGUUUUAAAGGAACAUGUAGUUUUAAAUGUUACACCAGCUGUGUCUCAUUUAUGACUCACCACAGGGUUGGACUGGACUGAAGUGGGAUCCCAAAUCCAGGGCAGAGGCUAUUACAUAGGAGAGAUUGCCAUAGGCUUACAUAGUGCAGAGCAAAAGUUCAAUUGGGAAAAUAGCUACCUACAGUGGUUUGGAAGAUCUUGGCAAAAAGGCUUAGAUCAUUUGUAAUCUGGACACAUCAGAGCACUGGCAGAAAUGGUUCAAUGUGCCAAAAUUCCCUGAAAAUAUUAACCCAUCUUCACCGUGUUGUAAAUCAAGCUUCAGCUGAGCAAAAUGACUGUAGCUUUGUUGUAGCUCAUUAGAAAGUUCCCUGUUUCCAAAGCUGAUUUUUGCUCUUGGUUUAUAUGGAAUUUGUCCUUCUGUCACACCAGUAGCUUGAUCCAAUACACGUUUACUUAGAAAUAAGCCUCGGUCAAUUCAGGGAGACUUACUUUUGAAAAAAUGUGUCUAUUGGAUUACGUCCUAAAGAUGUUUUUGCACAUGCGCAUAUAAUGGACUUCUAAAAAAAGGUGUAUCAGAACCUCCCAGCAGGCCACACGUGAAACAUCAGUUCACACAGGGCCAUGGGUCAGCUGCAUUGGACUAGAUGAUCCUCAGGGUCCCUUCCAAAUUAUAUUCUAUAUAUUACUUGGUGUGCACUGUAGUAAAGCAGAAGUUAUUUGCUGUAGGGUCUUCCCCAACCUGGAGCCUUCCAGAUGUUAUGAGCUACACCUCCCAACAGCUCCAGCCAACAUAGCUAAAGAUCAGCAAUGAUGGAUAUUCCAAAACAUGCAGAGGACUCUAGUCUGGGGAAGGCUACUUUACUACAUGUUAACUUUGUCACAUGGAAGUAACCUCUGUGAUUGCAAUUCUUGAGGACAGCAUCAUGGAAGAGAAAGAAUUGAUGGGAGUGGCUCGCAUGGACACUGGGCUAUUCAGGCUUACAACCAUGGCAGCCUUUGCCAAGUGGGAUAAAGAGACCGUCUCUUCCACUGGACAAAUUCCCUAGCUUUCCUGGAAUUAAGAGGGAAGCCAAUUUAGCUCCAGGGCUGAGCAGACCAUCUGUCACCCCUACUAUCUUUGUGCUCAAGAAGAAUGAAACCAGAGUUUCCACUCAGUGAACACAUUGCCACGCUGGGAGGAAAGACAGUUGGUUGUGUUAGCAAACUAGAGCCUGGAUAUUCUAGAUUGGAUGGGAUAAGUGAAAGCGCUUGCACUGUGUUAUGCUCAACUUCCGCUAACCCUGCGUGAGCUAAGCAUUCAAUAAAUGGUUGAGAGAGCUACAAAGAGAGCACGCCCCCUUGCUUCCAAAAGCAUCUGUGGAAGCACAUAGACAUUAAUUUAUUUCAAAUUAUUCUAUUUGAGUUACAAGCUCUCCCAUUCGCUUCUUGUAGUUGUUAUUCCUGAUCAGAUGAAUAUGCAUUAAAACAUUUGGUAGAAAAACCUCCCAUAGCUCUUUAUAUGUAUCUGAUCCUUUCAGCAUUACCAAAAAAGAAAAUGAAAAAAAAAAAGCUGUGUUGGCCAUUUGUGUUUUCACAGAAAUAGGGAAAUACAAUGUGAAAAGUGACUCAAAGUGAG